AAAUUUCUUUUGACACCAAUGUCACACAGCGGAGAAACUCUGUUGCCGCCUCUCCUGUCCGUCACAGCUGAUGAUCAUGGCGCUUGGGUUAUAACCGUGAGUACUAUUUUACUUAUCAUCACUGUUCUCGCGACAACAGUGGCCUUGAUAUCCCGUAUCCGCGUUUUGCGAAAACUCUCAUGGAGUGAUUCAAUUGUAUUUCUGAGCUGUUUAUUGUUUAUUCCUCAAACGGUGUGCAUCAAUAUAGCUAGUUAUCAUGGCAUUGGGAAACACCGACAUGCAUUAAGCGAUGUCUCCUUUGGGAUAUAUAGCAAGGCAACUUUUGCUAGUCAGCUGCUGGCCAUCCUCGUCCUAGGAUCUUCGAAAGCCGCCGUCGCCCUCCUGGUUCUAUCUUUGCAGCCUUUUGAGAAAACAACUUUGGCCUGCAAGAUCGUCUUGGGCUUGAUCGCUACUUGGUCUGUGGCUUCGCUCAUUGCGCUCGGAACACAAUGUGAUCAACCUCGGCCGUGGAUCUCUAGCCCAGAUCGAUGCAUAAACCAGCAUGCGCUAUACAUCAUUCUCGGAGUUGCGCAUAUGAUGUUGGAUAUGGGGAUAAUCGGACUCCCAGUGAGCCUGCUUCACCAAGUCCAGAUCAUUCAAUGGAAGCGCCACCAAAUCUCCGCCCUCUUUGCGAUGCGCGUUUUAGUCCUAGCCCUGACUAUUGCUGGCUUACGAUCCCUCCAACCCCUCUUUAACUCAAAACCUUUAGAUCAACCAUGGUAUGCCCUAAUGCCAACAAUAUGGCUCCAAUUAAUUCUCAGCUCCUCGAUCAUCUGCACAUGCAUCCCAACACUUAAACGCGUGCUCGCGGAUCUGCAAACAGGCAUGAUGUCAGGCGCCGUCUCGGACUUUUUCGAGCAGUCCGUCUCGGGCCACACCAAUACGGAAUCUCAAUCGGGGUCGAAAUCCGAUAGUGGCAAUGGGCAAAAACCCGGAUCAACACCCAAGUCCCGAUUGCGGAGAGAUUCGAUCGGCGUGGAACGUAUGGAUAGCAAGAAGAACCUAUGCGACAAUGCCACCAUGCAAAACAUUGACUAUGAGGCUCGAUACGGGGGGGAACUUACUAGGGCUUCGACUUCCACUCAUUACGGGAGUGAUGCUCGAAGUAUUCAGAUGGUGGAUCCAGAAAGCAAUAGGUGGUGA